AUGGUCUGGAUUUUUACCUUUGGCCUCCUGUAUAUUCCCAAUUUUGUGUGUGCCCUUACUGACAAUGAAUGCUAUGUAACAAGCAAGGAAAAUUUUUACCACCAAGGAGAUGUGACAAUUGGUGCGUUUUUCCCUCUUCAUAUUUUGUACACAGGUAGUAAAGUUCCUGAUAAAUAUAUUCCUUACCAUUACCAAGAUUAUCGUAUACAGUAUAAGUUUAAGAACUACCAGUUUGUUCUGGCUCUUAUGUUUGCAAUUGAGGAGAUCAACAGCAACCACCAUCUUCUACCCAAUACAACUAUUGGAUAUGAUAUAUAUAAUACCCCAUAUACUGAGAAGAAUAUUCUUUAUAGUGCCUUUCUUUGGCGCACAGGGAUAAUCAAUCCACUUCCUAAUUUUGACUGUGGACACAAGAGAAAGUCACCUGCUGUAAUCACAGGCCCAUCAUGGUCAGCAUCUGCCCACAUUGGAACACUACUACAACUCUACAAAAUACCUCAGGUCACUUUUGGACCUUUUGACUCUCUCUUGAAUGACCGAGGUCAGUUUAAUUCUCUCUACCAGAUUGCUCCCAAGGAAACUUCAUUGUCACAUGCCAUAGUCUUUUUGUUGCUGCAUUUCAGUUGGUCCUGGGUUGGUUUGAUCAUCCCAGAUGACCACAGAGGGACUCAGAUACUGUCAGACUUGAGAGAAAAUAUGGAGAGCCAUGGCAUCUGCAUAGCCUUUUUGAAAAUGAUCUCUGGCACAUGGAAUUCAUAUUCUAAUGCAUUAUGGAAAAAUAUGGAGAAGAUUGAGGAAUCAUCAGCAAAUGUUAUUGUUAUUUAUGGAGACAUCAUUUCUGUACAAGGUUUGAUGCGACAUAUUGCACAAGUAUUAGUGACAUGGAAAGUCUGGGUCUUGAACUCUUCAUGGGAUGUUGAUAGCCACUCUGAUUAUUUUAUGGUUGAGUCAUUUCAUGGGAGUCUUGUUUUUUCACACCACCAUGAAGAGGUGAUUGAGUUUAUGAAUUUUGUUCAAACAGUUAACCCCUACAAAUACCCAGAGGACAAUUAUCUUCCUAAGUUUUGGUUUUUGUUUUUCAAGUGCUCAUUUUCAAAGUUUGAUUGUCAACUUUUGGAGAACUGCCAACCUAAUGCUUCUUUAGAUUUACUUCCCAGACACCUUUUUGACCCAGCCAUGAGUGAAGAAGGCUACAAUAUAUACAAUGCUGUGUAUGCUGUGGUCUAUAGUCUCCAUGAAAUGCAACUGCAACAAAUACAGACACAACCAUAUCCCAAUGGAGAAGAAAUGGUAUUAUCCCCCUGGCAG